CUCUUUACUCAUUUAGUUAGUUUUCAGCAUUAUAUAUGUUCCUUUUUGUUUUUCGUUUAUAAUUGUUUCAUAUUGCAGACAAGACCAUGGGUAGGGGUUUCCGUACUCCAAUUCCAUUUCAAAAACAGGAAAGACAUGUACAGUGGCAUGAAAGAACAGUGCAGUUAACAUGUUCAGUGAAAUAUUUGUGAUUAGUUUCCAAUCUCCAGCCACAGAUUUCCUUUCCAAGUGUUGUGUACAUGCAAAUUAAGACAAUGGUUGAACUGACAACUGUUGCCAUUGGCAUUCUGGUCUCCAUAGAGUUUGGCUACUUUGUGAAGGUUAUUAUUCAUGGAAUUAGCGCCAAGCUCUUCUUGAGUAAAGUCCAUCCUCUUAAAUCUUCAAAUAUAUAUGGAUUAUGCACAACACGAGACAUUGACUUUAUGUUAAACCACAUCAACAAUGGCCGGUAUCUGCGGGCCAUGGAUUUUGGCCGACUUGAUCACUGCAUCAGGUCUGGCAUCUUUAAGACCGUUUAUGAGACCAAAUCUAAACUGCUUGUGGCUGCAUCCACCAUAAGAUACCGCAAGCCUGUGUAUCUCUUCGUUCCCUACAGGCUACAGUCACAGAUUGUGUACUGGGAUGAGAAGAACGUUUACUACCGCCAAGACUUUGUAACUCUUCAUGACAACUUCCUGCGAGCAACGGCCUAUGUCAAGCUGGCAGUGUUGGGGCUACAGACAGAGGAGCUCUUCUCCUUAGUGACUUCAGAGAGUGUUACCCUCCCUGAGGCUCCAAAUGACCUUAUAUCCUGGAUAAAUUAUAACAAGCUGAACAGUGAAAGCAUUAAAAAAGAUAUAUAGAUUGCUAGUUAUGUUCAAUUUACUUGUAGUGCUAUUGAUUACCUGUGAUAUACCCUAGAUAUGUGUUCUCUGAAUUGCUGUAAAUUUGUCAGUUGAGAGAAAGUACAAGAAAUCUAGGACUAGUGAUUUUUAGAGUUGCCCAGUUUAUGUAGGACAAUGUGGUUGCUUAGUCCAUAAAGGUGAUUGAUCUUGUAAUAAUGCACUUGCUACUUAUCUUUUUCUCAAAUAGUACAAUCCAAACUAAAAGGAAAAAAUAGUCCUUCCUUUCACUUUAAUAAGCACAAAACUCUUCUUCAGUCAGAAUCUCACAAACCUAGGUUGCACUAAGAUUCUCACCCCUCUCAGGCUAGCUGAUAGUGAUAACUAUGAAUAGUUAAGCAUCACAACCUCACACAUGACUGGGCUCCCUCAGGCGCCCAAUGCAGAGAACUUUGUAGCACUUUGUCAGAUAUGGGUCAUUGUCAGGAUUGCUGAGGUUAAGUGAGUGGGAGCAGCAUUCAGUGUAGCCUCAGUUGUCAUAUAUAUAUAUAUAUAUAUAUAUAUAUA